AUGGCUAGAGAACCCGGAGCGUGCGCAGCCCUAAACGCUCCAUCUGCAGAAGAGGGGACUGGGUUUCUAGUGGUGAAAGUGGAACCGGAAGAGGCCUCCCAGUUGGCAGAGGAGCCCAGUUGGCUGGGCAGUCCUGGGCCUGACCGCUCCCGCCAGCGCUUCCGUGCUUUCCGCUACCCAGACGCAGCAGGGCCCCGGCAGGCGCUGAGCCGGCUCCGCGAGCUAUGCAGACAGUGGCUGCGGCCAGACAUGCACAGCAAGGAGCAGAUCCUGGAGCUGCUGGUGCUGGAGCAGUUCCUGACCAUCCUGCCAGGGGAGCUGCAGGCCUGGGUGCGCGAGCAGCACCCCGACAGCGGAGAGGAGGUGGUGGCACUGCUGGAGUACUUGGACAGGCAGCUGGAUGAGACCCCUCCACAGGUCCCAACUGGGGAAUGGAGUCGAGAACUUCUCUGCUGCAAGGUGGCAUUGGUGACAUCAUCCCAGGAUUCACAAAGUAGUCACUCCCAGGCAAUGAAGUCUCUCUUCAAGCAUGAAUCUCAGGAAUCUUUGGAGUGUUCACCCUUACAAGCCAGAGGUCUGGAAAUGAAGCCUGAGACCAGGGGCUUGCCUCUAGCUGAGGAAUACAAGGAACAAAAGCCUGAGCAGACAGUGUGGUUCCUGGGUGAAGACACUGUCCAGAUUUCUACAAGUACAGAAGCCAGUGAGCAGGAAGGCAAGUUACAGACAACACAGAAGAAUGCCACGGGAAACAGGCGGUUCUACUGCCAUGAAUGUGGGAAGAGCUUUGCUCAGAGUUCAGGCCUGACCAAACACAAGAGAAUCCACACUGGAGAGAAACCCUAUGAAUGUGAAGACUGUGGGAAGACCUUUAUUGGGAGCUCUGCUCUUGUCAUUCAUCAGAGAGUUCACACUGGUGAGAAGCCAUAUGAGUGUGAAGAAUGUGGCAAAGUCUUCAGUCACAGCUCAAACCUCAUCAAGCACCAGAGAACCCACACUGGAGAAAAGCCUUAUGAGUGUGAUGACUGUGGGAAAACCUUCACUCAGAGCUGUAGCCUCCUGGAACACCAUAAAAUUCACACUGGUGAGAAGCCAUUCCAAUGCAACUUGUGUGGCAAAGCCUUUAGGCGUAGCUCCCAUCUCCUGAGACAUCAACGGAUCCAUGGUGAUAAAGCUGCUCCGAAGCUUCUUCAUGGAGAGACCUGGGAAGGUCAGAGUAGGGUGGCAAGCCUGGGGGAUAUUGUUGAAGCUCCUGAGACUUAUCAGUGCAAUGAGUGUGAGAGAAGUUUCACUCGGAGUAGAAGUCUUAUUGAACAUAAAAAAAUUCACACUGGUGAGAAACCCUACCAGUGUGAUGCAUGUGGGAAAGGCUUUACCCGAACUUCAUACCUUGUUCAACAUCGAAGAAGCCAUGUGGGAAAAAAGUUGUCUCACAGUGACCUGUAGCACACCUGCCAGACUUGGUGAGCACUUGCCAGUGAGAUGAAGACACCUGGAACCCUUACUAACUGCAGAAGAGAGGGUGUUGCCAAUACACACUGUCCUGUGUUAGACAUUAUGGUCUGGCUGAGGUAGAUUAUUUCUUCUGUUUAAAAAGUAACUGGAAUAAGACUUACUAAUAGGAGGAUGUGGCGGUGUUCUCUGGAUGAGAUAAUGCUGAAGUGUUCCCACUCUUUGGAUUUACAAGGACUUCCAGAACAACUGUCGCCCUUGGCCGGCGUAUUUUUCUCCUGAGUGGAUGGUUCCAGAUUUUGGAGUGUACCUUCUUUACUAUUUGGUUGUCAGCUUGAAUUUUUCAUGUUUAAUCAGAUUCUUGAGGCCUUGGCUCCUCUAUUGUGCCUUGUGUAGAGGUGCUAGUAAACAUUUACUACAAGAACUGAUGAAUGUCCAUCAAAACUGGAAAUCAGGGUCUAGAUUUCUGAAGAAGUUCUGACUUGUAGUGUUUGUGUUUGCAUCUAACUGGCAAAGAUACUAGAGUCUGAGUCAGCCCUACAGUUUUCAUACUAAGUACAGAAUGUUACAGAGUUUGAGUAGGAGAUUCUGUAUAUCUUUAUGAGGAUAGAGAGUGUAGUAAGAAUGCCUCAGGCAACUUCUGAAGAUGUAGGGAAACAUCCACACCCAGAAAAGCUCCAUUACAGCAUACUUAGUUUUUUUUUUUUUUUUUUUUUUACUUUUUACUGUGAACGUUUUCAGUUAGGUAAAUAAAAAGCAACCUUAUUUUCAUGGGACAAAAUCUUAUAGUUAGGAUUUUUAUUGCUUUGAAAAACACUAUGGCAAAAAGCAACCUGGGGUGGGUGGGUGUUUAUUUAAACUUACAACUUAUUUAUUACACGCAUCACUGAGGGAAGCCUGGGCAGGAGCACAACCUACGGAGAGCAGGAACCUGGAGGCAAAACUGAAGCAGAGGUUAUGGAGGAGUGCUGCUUAUGGGCUUGCUCCCUAAGGGCUGGCUCCUGAUGUCUGAAUCAACCUGCUUUAUUAUAGAUCUCAGGACCUCUAGCCUUGGGGGUGAUACCACCCACAGUGAUUUGGGUCUUCCCACAUCAGUCAUCAAUCAAAAAAAAAAAAUGGCCCAUAGGCUUCCCUGCAGGCCAGUCUGGUGGUGGCAUUUUAUAAGUUGAGGUUCCCUCUUCCCAAAUGACUCUGUUUUGUGUUGAGUUGACAGAAAACUAGCCAGUACAACAAAUGAUACAGAUUAUGUCAAUUCUAUAAUGCUCAAAGUACUGUUAGUUACUUUUCUAAGGGCUGUGACUACAAACGCAAGAAAAAGCAACUUAAGGAGGGAAUCGGUUAUCUGGGUUCAUGAUUUGAGAUGAUACAUUAUGGUGGUCUUGAGGAAGGAGUGUUUGGGAGAGGUGAAAGAAACUACUCAUAGUCAAUUGGGGAGGGGGUAUAAGCUGACAGCUUUGUGUUCUGCUAGAGAUGGCUCUCCAGACAGCUCUGUAGUUAGCUCUUGGCUCUGUAGUCUGAUCAAGACGUCUUCCUGUUAGAGACAGCUCUCUCGUGCUAGAAAAAAAUAUUCUUGGAUUUUUCCAACCAAAAUCAGAAAAGCUACUAGAAAAAAAAUUUGGGGGGUUUUCUGACCAAAAUCAGAAAUCCUGUUAAAAUAAUUCUUAAAGAGCUGAGUUCUCUUUCUAAGCAGUUUUCUCUGGUAGCUCUCUCUUGCAGACCAAAGCCCAAUCUUAUUUACAUAUCAAUUCAGUCAUUUACUCCAAGAUCCCUUUUGUUUAUCCCCAUGAAUAAGCAUUUUAUACCUUAGCUACUUGAUUCUUAAAAAAGGACAGCAAGUAAAUUUUGUUUUUUAAAACACAGCAAAUGAAUUCAAAGAUCUGUCUACUUUUGUAAGCACAGACGAUAAGGAUCCAGCUCUGAGAUCACCAUUUUCACCUCUCCUGGACCUGAAUUCUCUGUCCCAGGAUAACCUUGAACUUGGGAAUCUGCCUGCCUUUAUAAGCACAAACAAUAAACUUAGCUAGGUAGGAUCUUGCUCUGCCAUCACCACUCUCCAAAUCUCUUUAUCUCCUUCCUUAAUAUCUUUCUAACAAGCUGGUUUACAGUGAAGCUGGUAUGUGAAGCCCCUCAUAUAAUUUAUAUUGCAUCCGUAUAUUUUGCAUAGUUGAGAAAUUAUUUAUUUUUGAACUCUUGUUUUCAGAGUUCUUUUUCACAACCUUAACAACUAUCCUGAAGGUUAUAGUGUUUACCAUUUUUGCCAAGGACCCAGACAUACCUUUGCCUCCUGGAGUCAUGCUGUCUCUGGUUACCAAGUAGUCAUUAACCUUGGCAGAGAUGACAUUCCCCAAUAACCUUGGCAGGAAGAAUAUUUCCUGAAGGAGGAACAUAAAGUUAAUGUAUAUAUUAUACAAACAAUCCUCAUGCCCAGUGAGAGACUAGAUAUUUUGGGUUAAGACUCCAUCUUAGAGAACAUGACCUAAGGUUGAACUCAAGUUAACUAACAGGCAGAUACCUAGUACCAGUUUCCAGGUUAUUCCCCCAACAAAUCUGCACCUCGGUUACAAACCUGCCCCUGAAGCUUCAUUUCCUAACAACCAGCAAUCAGGAGGAAAGCAGAAGUUAGAUUAAUGAUUUGGCUCCAAGUUCCAGCCAAUUAUGUUAAAGGCCAUAAAUGACCCCCACCCCCGAAAUCUGAUGUGUACCAGUCUAGAAACCCCCUUGUUUCUAUAAAUGCUUGCCUGAAAUUAAGCUUAGGUCUGCCUCUCCCAUUCUCCUGCAUCAGAGAUGACAGUGUAGUCCAAACUCAAGCUUGUAAUAAAGAGACCUGAAUGCAAUUGCAUUGGAACUGACUCCUUAGGGGUCUUUUGGGGUUCAUGAAUGCUUUCUGGCACAACACCAGCAACUGUCAACACUUGUGGAGGUCCAUGCCCUGCUGGCUCUGCUCCAGGGGAGGGAAACUGUGUCAGGAUGUCUCUUGCACAUGGCUAUGCAGGAUUUGGUAGUGGAGAAGGCAUGAGACGUAAAUGUGAGACAGCUGGUUGCACUGUAUCUGUGGUCUAGAAGCAAAGAUCAAUGCUGUGUUCUAGCUGGCUUCCACGUUUUCCCCUUUUAAUUCAUUCCUGGACCUCUGACUGUCAGAUGCUGCCACUCAUGUUCAAGGUGAGUCUUCUCUCCUGGAUUAAAACAGUCUAGAUUCAUCCUCACAGAUAUGCCAAAAACUGUGUCUUCUAGGUAAGUUAAAAUCAAGUGAAGAUGGAAGAUUCACACCAAAUAUUUACAUUCUUAUUUAUUCUUCAAUACACUGCCUUGCAGGUUGAAAAUGGAAGAACAGUAAGUGAUGGGUAAGGAUAUACUAAAACUCCAGUGGAGACUGUCGGAGGAAACAUGUCUUCUAGGAAGCAGGUUGAGAAUCUUGGACAGUGCCCUAUAGUAUGAACCUAGGAAGUGAAGUGCUGUGAGUUAAUCAUGAAAAGUAAGGUUUUUAUGAUAGCCCACAUAGUUCAUCCAGCUCAUCUCUGUUUUCUGAAGACUGAUACCUUCUCCUCCAGUUCUUUUUGUGAAAUGAUUCCAUGCUUCAGCAAAUCAUCAGCAUGGUGUUCUGUCUGUCCACAGCACUUUUUAAAUUCUUGCUUGGAAGUCUCACAGGCUGACUUCUGGCUUCCAAAACUUAAGGGCUCUCCUUUCAGUGAUGUUCUAUAAUCUCUCUUUGCCUUCACUGUCCCCUCAUUUCUGCCUAAUUAAAACUAGUAUAGCCUUCCAAAAUUCUCUAGACUUAUUCAUGGAAUUUUCUAGUAUUUAAUACCUUUUUCUUACUUGUGCUGUCAUCAUGAAGCAACUAGCCAGGCCCUUUCUUCCACUGAUAUUUUUCAAGGUUCAAAGACAAGUUGAGACAUGGUAUAAAAGUUAAGCAGAUUUAAAAUAAAUUAUGUGCCAAAAUAAUUUUAAAAUAUUUGUUUAUUAUAGUCCUAAAACUUCAACAUUCAAUUUCUUAUGGACUAAUCAGCAUAAAUGAGUGUUUAUGAAGGCCUUUUAUAAAUCAGAAAACAUGGUGCAAGUGUAACUUACAUUAAUAAAGAAGCCUGUGCUUCUUUUAGGCUUUUGAGCUUACAUCUUCUCUGUAGAGGAGGGAAAUACAGAAAAGUAUCUUUAGAGCCUACCAUUCUAGACACUGAAAUGUAAAAAGCCAUUUUUCAUGUUUUACUAAAUACUUUUUACUAA